AUGAAAGGAAGCGACGUCGACGCUUGCUUGGUCAUCCCGAGAUGUGCCCGCAAGCAAUCCUGGCUAACGAAGCUGCGACUAGUGCAAAGCCUGGUCAUCAGUGAGAGGAUGGGCAGCGUGGAGCUCGUUCGGGGAGCGCGGGUUCCUGUAGCAAAGAUCCGGAACUCCGAAGGUGACGACCUGUGCGAUGUGUCCAUCAACAACGUCGCAGCGCUCGAGAAUUCCAGGUUUGUGGGUGUGAUGUCGAGCUUUGAUGCGCGAGUGCCUCGCCUGGGACGUUUCAUCAAGCACUGGGCUUCGCAGCGCCGCAUCAACAACCGCUCGGAGGGAACUUUGAGCACCUACACGCUCAUCCUGCAGCUCUUUUACUCUCUCCAGCUCCGAGACCCACCCGUCCUGCCACGCGUGACCUGCAUGCUGUGCCCGGACUUGCUUCUUGGUGGCAUCAGAUGGCUGCGACGCCGAAACACUUAA